GUUUUUAUUUUAAUCCUAAAGAUUUAUUUUAAAAAUAUUAAAAAUAAUUUGAAUAAUAAGUAAUAAAUAAAUAUAUAUUUUUAAUACUUGAGUUGUAUUUAGUACAGCAAAUAAAUGACUUUGGGAUAUUGAGGGUAUCAAUAAUUGGUAGAACGUUAUGUCACUAAUUAGAUCAGUUGAUUUUGUCAGGCUGUCAAUGAUUAGUGUGUCCGGGUGAUUGACUUUGUCAGUUGAAAUAAAUAAUUUAAUUUGAGAAAGUACUUUUAAAAAACAUAAAUUUUCUAGUCAAAAGACUAAUCAAAACAAUGUUAAAAAAAUCCAACAACUUUAUUCUAAAUAUGGAAAAAAAUAGUAAUUUUAGCCAUGUUUCUUACAAUGUCAAUAAUUUGUGCAUUUACUUUAGAAUUCAAAGGCCUAAAAUACUACCCAGAGUGCCAUUAGUUUUAAAGCCACUAAUAAGUGAGAAUAUUUGUUCGACUAAUGUACCAAUAAAAAAAUUAAGCUCCUCGAACAUUACUAGUCAAAAGAAGAAAGUAAAUGAACGAAGUUAUGGGAGCAUUGUAAUGCUAACAUUUACAAAAGACGGUGAAGAUAUAUCCAAGAAUAUUUGUCGAAUAUUCCGGGAGCAAAAUCCUAAAAUCGGUGUUUUGAUUUUACAAGAGCAAGAAAAAUUUGUUUACUCACGCGUAGAAGAAUUCAUUGACGAUUGCUUCAAGCAAGUUAAUUAUAUUAUUCCAAUUUUAACCACUGGUUAUAUUAAUCAUAUCAACAAUUUAACCAAUACUGAUGAUGAAGAAAGUUUGUUCAAUAAUUUGGACCAUAAAUAUGUCAAAUAUUUAUACUCGUUGAUGUGUUUUGAGUAUUGUAAAAAUAAUUGUCAUAACAAUCGCAUCAGUGGUAUGACUGGUUGGAAAAAAACAGUGGAAAGUUGUAGUGAGUAAUCAAAUCACUUGGCACAAAAAUAUACAAUGGAAGAUCUCUUUUUGAACAACAUGGUAGAGAACAAUUUAUAUGGAACAAUAAAAAUUGUUGUAUUUAAGAUUUUUCAGUGCCAUAUCAGAUAAUUUUUUAUGAUCGCACAGAUGGU